UGUGUUUUUAGUUGCCAGCCCAGUAAGAUCAGAAAUUUCACAAAAUUUAAGUCAGCUAGAAAAUAUCACAAAAUUUAUUUUUUUGUUAAAAUUAUUGAGAGUAUUAAAAGUAAAAAACGAUGCAGCCCCAAAAAGAUAUGUGCAAAUGUUUGUUUAACAUAACGCGUUCCGUUCAGCAAACUUGCGCCUAUAGCACUAAGCGCUAUUUCCUGGCCAUGCAGGCCCUAAACGCCCGAAAGAUCCCGGAGUCGAAUGUACCCGGAAAGGAGGCGGAUGUUACUGCCGGCGGUGGAUGGCGUGGCAUCCAAGCUGGCGACCGCCUUCCUACGGCCGUAAGUCUGGUCAGACGUAAUCUUCCGGGAUCGGUUAGGAACGAGGUGAACACUGCAUUCCAGCAGUACGGAAAAUCGAUGACCGAUUUGGCCAAAAGUGCUCGCAAAAUGUACAAGACUGCACGAUUGAGAAAUAUUGCUCCACAGCCAUCCGUAAUGGAGAAAGUCAAUAUCCUAGGCUUGGGUCCUGUAAAACCUCAAGAACAAAGCGCUUGUGCCAUAACCGAGCGCCUUACCAAGCUGUUCUUCCAGGACCCCUGGGAUUUUCCGAAGAGUGGAGACUCAAACAAAUGAGGCAUAUCGUUGAGGCAUCUAAAUCGUAUACUAUGGAUCUCAUUCAAGCGGUAGCUCGAAGACAUUUAAAAAAACGCAAAUGUUUGUAACUUUGUAACGUUUUUUUAAGUACAAUGUCUAGUUACCAUCAA